UAUUGUCUGAGAGUUGACCCAAACUGCAUCGUUGCAGUUGAUCAUUCUCAGCGCCGGUAUCAAGGGCACAGGUUGAUAGCUUGUGAUAAUUGGUACAUUAGAGUGCACCAAGCAAGCGAACUUGAACAAUGGAGGAAAAUCUUCUUCCGGGGAAAUAUUAAUGACGCUCUGUUUCACCCUAGACGGAUAGAAAACAGUGCAUUUUGUGUUGUGCUUAGAAUUUUAACAAUGUAUUACUAUGGAGAAUCAUCCGACACAACACAACUGAGCCAACUCAAUCCAAUGAUAAUUAUUAUGCGAUAACGAUCAUCCCUGUAGCGAAAAGUCUGCCAGUAUUCCUGAUAAUUAUUAAAUAAUGGAAUUCAAAGAGUGAAAUAAUUGCAAUUAUACGAUCAGAAGCCGGACUUAAAUAUUUAUAUUGUUUUGCCGCGCUCAGAAUUGAAACAGUAAUGCAGAUCACAGAUCGUGAUGUUCUAAUGUUGAAUAUAGUUUCUACUAUUACGGUCAGUGUUCAUUAGGGUCGGUUGUUUUUACAUGGUUUGUGGAGACUGUUGCUGGAGUUGAUUUUUUUCUCAGAAUACCAGUUGAUGAAAUAACGAUGGAGACGCUUUCAUCUCGAGUGGAAAAUUUUCUAGACUUUCCCUGCUGAUAUAGCAAUGCAUAAUUGUGGACUGCAUUGAGACAAUUAUCAUAUUCUAGGUGGGAUGUCGUGACAAUAAAUAAACCUGUUAUUCAGACAAAUGCAAAUUUGCGCAUUGCAUAACUGUAUGAUAAAUGUGUGUAGCAGAUUAGAUUCCAUGACUAACUUGCAUUGAUUUAAAUUGGCCAUUUCGAUUAGACUGGUCAAAGCUAGGAAGACGCAAUAAUGAGAUGCUGAACAAAAUCAACGCCUGGGAAUCGCAUUCUUCCAUCGAGCAACAACCAAAAUUUAAGGCAAUUUGGUCAACGAUCGAGUAUGUUGUACAAACGAAUUGUCGCCGGCAAUAUGCAGCUGUUGAUAGAAACUUAGGCGUUAUCAAACCGUGGAUCAAAUAAGUUGCUUCCUCUACUCAAUUUUAAUGGACAAAUUCGCUGUUAAUAUUAGUACUAAGGGCAUGAAAGAUCAACGCUGUGCAUUACCUCGCGGAAAAGGACUAGGAGGCUCAACGCUCAUAAACUACAUGAUGUACGUACGAGGAAAUCAGCAGGAUUUUGACAACUGGGCCAACGCCGGUAACCCUGGUUGGUCGUAUCAAGAUGUGCUACCGUAUUUUAAAAAAUCGGAAAAUUCCUUUCUCAACAUUUCGAAUGGAUACCACGGUGUAGAUGGACCGUUGGAUGUACGGUUUGUUCCGUACAGAACGGAAAUGUCUCGCAUUUUCGUAGAUAGCCUGAAGGAGUUAGCAAUGCCUUUGGUAGAUUAUAACGGCGAAAAUCAGCUUGGUGUAUCAUAUCUGCAUACUAACCUAAGAGAUGGCCAAAGACUGUCUGCCAGCACUGCGUUUCUAGAACCAAUCGCUUCCCGACCCAACCUGCACAUACUCAUCAACUCCAGAGCAACAAAGAUUCUUAUCGAUCCCAUAACCAAGACUUCAUAUGGAGUGGAGUUUGUUCGUGAACGAAAACGUUAUGCUGUAAUAGCAAAGAAAGAAGUACUUCUCACGGCAGGUGCUCUGCAAUCGCCACAGCUUCUUAUGCUUUCUGGUGUUGGACCGGAAGAUCAACUUAAAAAUAUAGGAAUACCAGUUAUACGAAAUCUACCCGUGGGGAAAGUUAUUUACGAUCAUCUGUAUUUCACUGGAUUGACAUUCGUGACAAAUACUCGCAACUUGACGCUCCACGUGGAUCGCAUCGUUACUCUCGAAAUGCUAGCGAGAUAUCUAAACGGAAAUGGUACCAUGACAAUCCCCGGAGGGGUCGAGGUGAUAGGAUUCCUCAACACUCGAAAUGCAAGUCUUGUUGCUAUCCCCGAUAUUGAGCUAAUUUUCGUUAAUGGAUCACCCGCGUCAGACGAGGGAAGUGGUAUACGUGAAGGACUUCGUUUCAAUGAUGAAGUAUACGAUACCUAUCGGCCACUUGAGGCGGGCGAUAAGGAUGCAUUCACCGUCAAUAUUGUGCUGUUACACCCGAAAUCGAGGGGUUAUAUGGAACUAAAGAACAGUAACCCUUUCCAGUGGCCAAAGUUUUACAUGAAUUUUCUGAAACAGGACGAAGAUAUAGAAACCCUACUGAAUGGGAUAAAAUGGGUGCUCCGGAUAAUGGACACUCCAACAAUGAAAAAGUAUGGUGUAAAGCUGCAUGAUAUUCUUCUACCAAACUGUGCUCAAUUUCAACAUGGCAGCGAUGACUACUGGCGAUGUGCACUCCGAACACAGGCUACAUCGAUGUACCAUCAGACAGCAACCUGCCGAAUGGGUCCUACGUGGGAUUCGGAAGCAGUUGUAUCGCCAAAGCUUCAGGUAUACGGCAUAACAAAUUUGCGUGUUGUCGAUGUCGGGGUAAUUCCAAUGACCUUCAGUGGACAUCCGGCAGCAAUAGCUUACAUGAUUGGUGAAAAAUCAGCGGAUAUGAUUAAAGAACAUUGGCUUAAGAGUGCUAAUGAAAGUCAAUGAAUUAAAGAUAUGUGAAAAAAUUGUUGCUGUAGAAUGGAUGUAGACGGAAAAUUGUUUGAAUAAUUUAUUUGAGAAGUCCUUUUUAAGAUCUACUGCUUAAAUAGAAUAGACAACCUGCGACAGAUAUAAUAAGCACGAUGUAAACAAUUCUAUAAACUAAACAACUUAAUUAAUUCAUAAAUCAUUUUGAACAAUCUUUAGAAAAAAAAUAUUACGGUUUGGAACUGUUACUUAAAGGGCGUUUGUUGAACCAUAUUGUUCCCAAUAUAGGAGUAUCUGCCCUUUGAGUAAUAUUUCUAUAGUCAUGAAACAUGAAUUUUGGCAUACUUAAUCGAACAGAUUUUUUGAUGAUUUUUUAAUUUAUGGUCUCUUGAGCUGGAAAACCACUUUAUCAACUGGUUUGGGAUCCAUUAUCACAUUGCAUGGUAUUUAACACUAAAAUUCUAAAGAACAAAGAAUAAAGAGAAACAAACGACACAUGUACAAUUGGGCGCUUGAACAUUUUCAUGUAAAUAUUGGUAAACUUCUUUUAGAAACAUCUUACUGGCAUUGGCCUUUACUAGAAGAAUUUUAGGAGUAAGUGCAAGAAAAAACACAUGAAUAUGAUGAUCAUAUA